AGCGGAGAAGAAAAUCAAGGAGGAGAAAGAAGAGGAGGAAAGGAAGAGGAACGAAGAACAAAAGAAGCUUUUGCAGCAAAAGGAGGAGAUGGAGAUCAGAAAGAAGGAAGAGGAGAGAGCAACUUUGCUGAGCAUUGUGGAGGAGAACAAGUCAGAUGAGGACAAGGAGAAGAUGAAAUUAUUCUCUCCUGCUGGUGUCAAACAAUCACACACAGUCAUUAAAGGUGAAACACAAACCCAGCUUCCUCCUCCACAGCUCCCUCCUCUGGUCAAAACCAGCCUUACACCCAAACAGCCUCUGCAGCUGCUUUGCAUCCAGGCAGAAGAUGGAAAGAAAUUCACUGAACCAAACUCUGCUGUUGAUGAUCGUCUGAAGAAGCCCUCUGUCAUAGAGGAAUGCUCCAUGUCAAACAGUGACACCCCAGAAAAGGAACGAUCCGACUCCUGUCAUUCUCCACCUGAUAUUCAUUCAGGCUCUACUGUUGACCUGAAUAAAACACUGAAAUUAGAGGUCUUGACCUUAGCACCGUCUCCACAGAGGCUGUCAGAUGCAGAGACUCCUCUUUGGAAAGUGCUAGAGGGGAGAAAUGUAACUGAUACAACUGUUCAAAUAUCUGCCAAGAUGGGUGCAAAACCUUGUUGCAGAGGUUCACCUUCAGAAGAAUCUACCAAGGGGGAAUCAGAGAAGCUCCAACCAGCAAAUGAUUCAGAGAGACAUUCAGAAUCACCAACAAGCUCACAAUUAGCUUCAGAUGAGCCAAAGGAGCCUGAGAAACCCACUGUGCAACCAGCAAUCUCUCCUGAGCCUUCCCAAAAAUCAGCUGGAGAGAAGACAGAUGUGUUUCCGGAAAAACCGAAACGAGAGCUGCGGCAGGGGCAAGACCUUAAGCUUUCAUGUAAACUGCAACAGGAAGGAGAUGGCGAAAAGAAGCAAGCUGAAGCUGUUGAUGGAGAAAGCCUUGUGAUCACAGAGGAGCCGGAGAGCCGUGAAGUGAACAAACUUUGGGCAGCUGUGGAGGAGACCACAGCGGAAGCAGGGGCGCAUAGAGAGUCGGAAAGUACUGAAAGUCCUGCAGCGAAGGAGCAGGAGGAGGGUGUAGUAGGGGGCGCCCUGAAAUGGGCAGAGGGAGAUGUGUGUGUUGCAGAGGAACAGAAUGAGACAUCUGCUGGCUUCAUGUCAGCAAUGUUUGGGGUUUUGCACAGAGGGUGAGUCUGCCUGCUGCUGUGGUCAGAUUACCUGUUCAGGUGCUCUGCUGAAUGCUGAUUUUUGCAGACUAAUAUAACAUUUGUCAUUGACAUUUUUUUUCCUUUCUAUACAUUUCUGCAUGAAUGAACCCAACUGGUUAUGAGGUAGUUUAUAGAAACAAAAUG